UCGAAGAAAGAGACUGACACAUUGACCAAGGAGUUGUUACGCAAUGACCUUGCUUAGAGUGUCAUUUUUCAAGACUUCCAUAUACGGACAUAACUAGUUUUCCCUUCUAGUAGUUCAUUUGCCAUCAGAGAGCGAUAAGACUUCUUUAAAAGUCACAUUUAGCACUGAAAAUGUUGAACCACAAACUUUGAAUACACUUAGAAUUUUGCAGGUUAGUCUUUUAAGUUUGUGUUGUACACAGGGUGUUAAUGAUGUUCGGGAACUUCGAAUAUAACUCUUUCCAUAAGUUCAGUUGUAGAACAUUUUUAUUGAACUUUAAAAGGUAUGUAGGCUAAAUGUGCAUGUUGCUGCUUUGAUGCUGGUAUUUGUCUUCUGAUUUCUUUAAUUCUGUUACUUUAUAUUCAUGGAAAAAGGCCCCAGAUUUCAAUUCCUUUAAUUUUUUUCAAAUUCUUUUUAUCGCUGCCAGCUUACAAACUGUAAGUAAAUAUAGAGCGCCAAACAUGUUAAACUGCAAUAAAUAGGCUAAAAUAGACACAUUCCACACUGUACCUGUCUUAGAAUUUUCGGAUUUGCCAGUGCCUCUGUUUUGGACAUCCUGAUUUCUUCUUGAUUGCUUAGAGCAUCUCAAGAGACAAAUCAAACAGCUUUUAUUACACCUGUUGUGCAUGUAUAGCAAUAAUGAAUGUGAAUCGUAAGGCGGGUCUCCCUUCGGUAUUAGUUGGUUGUUAGAUUUUCUGUAUUUGCAAGCAAAAUGGCAGAAAGCGCUUCAGUGAGAAGAGAUGUCAGGCCUUGAACACCACUGUCUCAAGAUCUUAUCUUUGUAAGAGAAAAUAAUCAUUGAACAGAAGGGCCCCGAAGAGAAAGCGCACGGGAUCCUGAACGCUACUGCCGUUUCACUCAUAAUAAGAAAAAAAAGAACUCUGUGCGUACAACGUGAAAAGACCUACCUGGAGUGGAGACCACAAUGGUAUUGAAAAAAAAAUUGAAAUUGUUCGUCUGGCAUGAUGUUUCGAAGGAAACAUGGGCGAUUGUAGCGAUUGUGUCAAGUGUAGCGAUUUAUUUUUAUAUUAAGACAUUGGCCAGGAGGCCAAUUUACCUAGGCCAGUAUUCAAUCAUUUCAGGGCCAGAGCCAUAUUGGGGACACUGUACUAUGGUAACUGAUAUGCUCGAACUUGAAAUCGAAGCUACGGGUUGCCCUGCAUGGAUUGUUAAUAAGUUUGAAUGUCGGGCUGGAAUCCCUGUCAUGGUUGUAGGUGUUUACUGUGGCCACAUCGAGCACAUCGUGUAAAGACGAAGAGUGGAAACUGAAGCUUAAUUAGGGGAUGUUUUCUGUUAUAAAAACACCCUGUUUACAAUCUAAGUCCCGAUAUUUUUGGCAACGGCUGACAAACGUGUCACGCGCUGCACCUAAGCGAAGGUUUAGAUUUAAAACAAAGAGCACAUCUCCCCUACAUGUGACGCAGUGAAACUAGUUAGAGAGACUUAAGAGGGGACAAAUGACAACCUCUCGAUGGUAACUGUGUUCAGCUGUCUCAGGAAAAAAAAAGCCUCGUUGAACUGUUUUUUCCGAAUGUGACAUUUAAGUAGCGACGCCAUCAAAUUAUUGACGGGAGACCUGCUGGUCACGUGAUACGCCCGCUAAGGUGUCUCAUUAAUUGGAAUGGUCCGUCAUUGGUUAAUUGUUCACCCGUGCUGGAGUGAUGUACCGGUAUGGCUUGCUGUCACGUGAUUGUUAAUGCAAAGUCUGCGCCUGCCUCUUCCCCCAUAAUUUUAAAUUCAUCGAGGCUCGUAUUCAAAAGUUUCUCCUUGUUUUCUCUUCUUCACCUCUAAGAUAAAAAAAAGAUAAGAACAUAUUUUGGAACAAAUUGCGAUACCUCUUUUGACUUUCAUUUUUUUAUACAGAUUUGUCAACAGCUUUUCCAACCAUCCUACAAUUUAUACUCUUCAUAUUAUUGUUUUGUUGUUGCUGUUUCAAUUAAUCUUAUCAAUCUGUUUUGUAAUCAUGGCGAUUGGCUCUUUCCGUAUCAGUGAAAUUAACGCACAAGUGGUAGGCCUACUCUUGUGGAACCUAUACUCGGUGUCUGAAUCAGUUCAUGAAUGUUUCUUCAUUCCCUGCGAAUGUUGCCACUGAAAACUGGAUUUUUAGCGGCAAGGACUUCGAGAAAGGGACGUACGGGACCAAGUGUGCUGGGUGCUCGCUGGGCAUUCUGCCGAGCGACCUGGUGCGUCGUGCGCGGAAUAAAGUGUUCCAUCUGAACUGUUUCACCUGCAUGGUCUGCCGCAAGCAAUUGUCGACGGGCGAGGAAUUGUACGUGGUGGACGAGAACCAGUUUAUAUGCAAAGAUGACUACAUCAGUAAAACCUACGCCAAGGGGCCAGUGCCGGAUAUAAUGGACUCAUACGGCGGGCUGACACCGUGCGAUACGAGCUUGACUGGGAGUCAAGACGACGGAUCGACCGGUGACAUCUCCGGCAGCGAGGACCUGAUGGACGCCGACAUGCCCGAGCCCUCGCCGGCGCCGUCCAACCCGCUGACGGACGACGGUGAGAGGACCAAAGAGACGAACAAUAACGACAGCGGCAUCAAGAUUGAGAGAGACCGGGACAGUGAAGGGGGCACAGGCGGCUCAACCGGGGGCGUGUCAGGGGCCAAGAGGAGGGGGCCGCGGACGACGAUCAAAGCCAAGCAGCUGGAGACACUCAAGGCGGCCUUUGCGGCCACGCCCAAGCCCACCAGACACAUACGGGAGCAGCUCGCCCAGGAGACGGGCCUGAACAUGCGGGUCAUUCAGGUUUGGUUUCAGAACCGUAGGUCAAAGGAGAGGCGUAUGAAACAACUCAGUGCCCUGGGAGCGAGACGACACCACUUCUUUCGAAACCCAAGGCGCAUGCGCCCACUUAGAGGGCCUUAUGACGUAGAAAACAACCCGGAUGUCAUGGGUAGCCCGCCAUUCAAUUAUGACCACGAUGGAGCGCCUGGUGAUUACUAUCCACAGGGUUACUACGACUUCUUCCCUGGUCACCAGCCUCCCCCGGACCACCAGGGAGAGCCGCUCGCCUACAUGGGCACUCCGGUCUCCCAGCACAACCCCCUGACCAGCCUGGAACAGCCGUUGCAUCCCAACAUGGGUGGCCUCCCUCCGGAAGGAGCACAGCAGUUCGGCAUCCCCCACAAGGAACUGAGUCCGAGCCCGGAGCCUCCGAUGUCGAUCGGGCACAGCGGGGACGGGUACCGACAAGGUGACAGCCGGUUCAUCGUCACGAGGGCCGGCCUGCCUCAGGGAGGGCCCCUCAACGGGUACGGCAGGGGUGUCACGCAAGAACUUGUUGGUGAGGUGUGGUGACCCUCAGACACGAGACUAUAGCACAACUUCACGCAAACCAUAAAUAGACAGUCCAAUCAGGCCACUGGGUGCACGUACCAAUGUAGCAGAUGCAGACCACUACAUCACAAUGUGACUCAAUUACCUCUUAGCCUUGACUGGAUCAUGAGAUUUUGUGUUGGUGUCGUAGCUGGAAAAUAGACUAAUGCAUCAGACCGAGCCAUGAGGAAUAUGUGGUAUCAACCAUGAGGUUAAAGGCUAGGAUAGGCAUCUGCACAUCAGAAACAGACUUUUUAUAGUUUCUUCCAUGGCGUAAUGGCACCUUGCGUAGCCUCACUCAUUUGUGGACCUCAGCCAUGGGAGGUUUUGUCUGCCUGUCAAACAUUGGCUCGGACAACCAACACUUGGGGCGAGUUGCUCGACAGAUUUUGGGGAAAGCCAGACGCCAGAGCUGCAUUCAAAAUAAGUUGGGAUUGGUUAAGAGGUUCCCGUAAUGAGGCCUCAUAAUACAGUACCUCACGUUGUGCUUGUCUUGCGUAUGUUUGGCCGCUUUCAAAUCAUGCUGUCUCGUGGCUACGUCUUUAGUUUCUGCCGUUAACGCGCUACAGCUGAGCUGCUUUAGCCGCAGACAACAAUGCACUUGGGACAAGGCCUUCUCAACACUCAAUCAUGAGACGUUUCUGAAGUUUUCAUUUCAUAUCGCUAAUUAUUUUGUGGGUUAGAUUAUUGAGCACGAGAAAGGGAAGUUUAACAUUUUUCAACCAACAGCAAAAAGAUCAUGAUUCGAGUUUACCAAAUUAUGAUAUCACCUCCCGCCUUGUUAAUGCAAGGGAUGUUACUUUCAACAUUUGGACAUUUCCUGUGGGUUUAGAUGUUAAUUUUUUCCCUGUAAUUUUUAAGCAAACAUCUUUUAAUGUGAUCAAUAACUCCUACUACUACUCGGAACGUUUGCUGACAGCAAAGUUGCUUAACUGGCGGAGCAACAUAUGGGUUGUGUGUGACCAUUCAUCAAAAAACACCAUGCGAUCUUGACGCAAAUCACCAAAAAUUCCCUUAAAAAUGGACCAAAAGAUAGAGAUCAGCAUCUUGUUUUAUUCGACUUGCUGUUCAAAGUUAUGAUAAAUCAUUAUUGUCGAGCUAUUUCGCUACUUCUUGUCCAUUAUUUUGUUACCAUUCCUUGUGAAGAUUGCUAUAAAUCUCAGUACUAGUUUGAUUUGAUAGGAUGGUUCAUCCGACAUCUUAUGUGAAGACGAUGACGUGGAUUUCUGUUUCUCAGUACUUUUCAUAAGUCUGCAUUCAUUCUUGUAUGAGUUUCAACGUCUGUGGUACAGUAAAAAGAGUUUUACACAAUGUAAACAUUGUAAUGUAUGAGAGAACCUAUUUUUUCUGGUCAAUGUUCCACCGUCAGUGUUAUAUAGCAUGUAGCAAAAGUCACGAGAUUUAUGUCAGCCAAUCAACAUGUUUCACUUCACGCGUCAAGUUUGAUUUUGUCAAUCAGACGGCUGUAAUCCCUCAGCUUAGAAAUCUGAUUGGUGGUUAUUGUUUGUGAAUGACGCUCAGCUGGCAGAAGUGUCACGUGCUUAAAAGGGUGACUUGUAAUUGGAUGUCAGUGUAAACUAUGAAAAUAAUUUGGUCUGUCUUUGCGAGGUGGGACGGAAUACUUGUAUAUUUGUGGCCACUGGUGCAAGAUAAUAAAAUGUACUAUUUAUGUCAAGUAAAAUUCAAAA